UCUUCCGCUUUUUAUCGUGAGCGCUUUUUAUUUUUACCUGAGUAAUAGAGAUCUAUCCCAGCAUGACUUCAAACCAGAUCAUUAGGGAAAAUAAAACCAAACUUCAGGAUAUUCUUUGUGGAGACUACAACCUUAUCCUGGACAAGGUUUAUGAGCAGAAAAUGAUAACUCAGAGGGAUUACAACAACCUGAAGAGCAUCAAUAAGGAAAAUGUGAGCGGCCAUGUUACAGAGCUGGUGGAUAAGAUCCUGAAUAGAUCAGAGAAAACCUGCAAGGACUUCCUGGACCUCCUGCAAACUGAUGAGGCUGUUAGAGACACUUUUCCUGACCUGGAGAACCUCCAACUUAGUGGCACCAGUGUUUUACCAGCGCCAGUCCAAACCACCUCACCUGAUGAAGGGAACAUGGAGCCGGAGUGCAAAAGUCAGGAGAAGGAUUUUUAUGAAAUAAAAAGCCAGCCUGUUGGUUGCUGCCUGAUUAUAAACAACAAGGAAUUCCCGAGCCUAUCUGAUGAGGAAGGAAAACUGAGAAGAGGAACAGACAAAGAUGCUGAAAGCCUGGCAAAGGUGUUCAGCUGGCUGGGCUUCAGAGUGCUGAUGUGUAAAGACCAAACUAGGGACCAGAUGGCUCAGACACUGCAGUGCUUUGCUUCUCCUGGUGAUGCCAUCCAGGUGCAGGACCUGGUCAUCAAAGAAUGGUCUGAGAACCGCUUCACUGACCUUCAGCAGCUCCCUCAUCAUGGCGACGUAUUUGUUUGCUGCAUUCUGACCCACGGAGCUCAGGGUGUAGUUCUGGGUACAGACUUAGAGCCUCUUGCAAUUAAAGAAAUUAAACGUUUUUUUGGGGCCACUGAUCAGUCGCCCCUCACCGGCAAACCCAAAGUGUUCCUGAUCCAGGCCUGCCAGGGACCUAACAUGCAGCAGAGAGUGUUGCUGAAAGAUCUGGAGGAGGACAGUUCCACCUCCAUCCCUGAGGCAGCAGAUGUUCUGGUUGCUCUAGCAACUGUUGAAGAUUAUGUAUCUCUUAGGGAUAAAGACGAAGGAAGCUGGUUUAUCCAGUCUGUGUGUGAGCAGCUGCAGGAGCAACACCCCAGGGGUGAGGACAUAAUCUCCAUUCUCCACCGUGUAAAUGACCAAGUGUGCAAGAAAGAGGGCUAUAUAUAUGAUGAGGAGCAUAAUACACAUAUUCGAGCAAAACAGGCACCUGAGCUGCACUCCACUCUGAGGAAGAAGCUGGUUCUUUCGCCAAAAUCCAAAGUAAUAGAGAUCUAUCCCAGCAUGACUUCAAAAGAGAUCAUUAGGAAAAAUAAAACCAAACUUCAGGAUAUUUUUUGUGGAGACUACAACUUUAUCCUCAACAAGGUUCAUGAACAGAAACUGAUAACUCAGAGGGAUUACAACAACCUGAAGAGCAUCAAGAGGGAAAAUGUGAGCGGCCACGUUACAGAGCUGGUGGAUAAGAUCAUGAAUAGAUCAGAGAAAACCUGCAAGGACUUCCUGGACCUCCUGCAAACUGAUGAGGCUGUUAGAGAAACUUUUCCUGACCUGGAGAACCUCCAACUUAGUGGCACCAGUGUUUUACCAGCGCCAGUCCAAACCACCUCACCUGAUGAAGGGAACAUGGAGCCAGAGUGCAAAAGGCAGAAGAAGGAUGUUUAUGAAAUAAACAGCCAGCCUGUUGGUUCCUGCCUGAUCAUAAACAACGAGAAAUUCCAGAGUGCAAAACUGAGAAGAGGAACAGACAAAGAUGGUGAAAGCCUGGCAAAGGUGUUCAGCUGGCUGGGCUUCAGAGUGCUGAUGUGUAAAGACCAAACUAGGGACCAGAUGGCUCAGACACUGCAGUGCUUUGCUGCUCCUGGUGAUGCUGUCCAUCUGCAGGGCAUCCAGGAAUGGUCUGAGAACCGCUUCACUGACCUUCGGCAGCUCCCUAACCAUGGCGACGUAUUUGUUUGCUGCAUUCUGACCCACGGAGAAGCGGGCGUAGUUCUGGGUACAGACUCAGGGCGUCUUGAGAUUAAAGAAAUCAAAAGGUAUUUUAGGGCCACUGAUCAGUCGCCCCUCACCGGCAAACCCAAAGUGUUCCUGAUCCAGGCCUGCCAGGGAAAUGGAAGACAGCAGAGAGUGUUGCUGAAAGAUCUGGAGGAGGACAGUUCCACAUCCAUCCCUGCGGCAGCAGAUGUUCUGGUCGCUCUAUCCACUGUUGAAGAUUAUGUAUCUUUUAGGGAUCCAAAUCAAGGAAGCUGGUUUAUCCAGUCUGUUUGUAAUCAGCUGCAGCAGCAAUGCCCCAGGGGUGAGGACAUAGUCACCAUUCUCCACCGUGUAAAUGACGAAGUGUGCAAGAAAGAGGCCCCGACUUAUCAAGGUCCAGCAAAACAGGCACCUGAGCUGCACUCCACUCUGAGGAAGAAGCUGGUUCUUUUGCCAAAAUCCACAUAGAGAGCCAAAACUUCUGCAGACAGUUCUGGCUUUUGUUCCUUUCAACCCUGAAAAUGUUUGCCAGAAAUAUUAUCCUUUUUUUAUUAAAUGCUAUAAUUUUAUAUCAAAUUUUAUAUUACGUCACAUUUUUUUAUUCUGAACCAACCUUGAAUAAAAUCCUGUUGCCA